AUGUCCUUGGCAGCACUACUGAAUGAGGAAGAUGGAAAUCAGCAUACUACCAGCCAGGCAUCGUCAUCGUCGCCGUCGUCGCCCAGAGAUAGGUUUGUAAAACAAAUGAACCGGGACUUCCACGUUUUGGGCGCCAGAGACAUCAAAGAACAGCGAUACCAGGACUGGAGAAUGCUGAGCUACCAAGAAUUCGAGCUUGUCACAGAGUGGAACAACCAGUCCCGCGAACUGGGUUCCAACGGGUGCGAAAAACUGCUCGCAAACAUGGACUCGACUCAACAAGAGUGGGAUCAGUUCCAGGAAUACACACGACACAAAGACGAGCUGAUUCGCCAGCAGCGCGAACUGCGGGACAGACAGCGCCAGCAACGGGAACAAGAACGGCUGCAGCAAGAACAAGAGCGGCUAGAGGCCCAGGAACGCGAAUGGCGUGAGAAACGGGCUCUGGAACAGCAGCAAAGGGCCAAGGCCGCUGCUGCGAGCCCUGGCGCCAGCAAGGCCAAACCAAAGGACAAGAUCGUGCCGAAGAAAAACGAUUCGGGAUUAAGAGCAACGCCGAAUGGAAACUCACACAACAUAUCGCUCAACGGCAAGAGCCCGAUGAGCCAUGAUAAGAGUCUAAAUUCAAGCUCAGAUGCCGCAGUGGCUCAUGCACACGAAGGAGAGGCUCUAGUCGACGAAGACAUCGAAGAAGACGAAAUGGAAGACGAAGAAGACCACGAUGAGGACGACGAUGAAGACGACGAUGCCGACGCCGAAGUGGACGACGACAUGGACGAAGAAGAAAUAGACGACGCAGAAAACGACGAAGAAGUUGUGUUUGCGGAUGAUGAUGACAAUGACAAAGAUUUCUUCCUAGAUGACGACAAGGGCGAUCCGCUCAGCAAAGCCAAGAAGUUGGACAUUACCUCGGAACGUGCGAAAAUCAGACGCGAGAUCUCCCGCAUGGUCAAUAAAAACAAGAACGUCAAGGCUAAGAAGCGGCGUUUCACAAACUGCACAAUUGUAGAGCAUCUACAAAGCGAAAAGCUGGAGGUCAAGCUAACGCUCAAACAAUACCACGUACGACAACUGAAGCGUUUAAUCGCCGAAAAGCAACGCGUUCAGGAAGAGGAAGUUUCUGGCGCCGAACCUGCUCUCAAGAAACGCAGACCCGCACCAAAACCCGAGAACGCCGCAGUGCCGGAGUCAAUUGAAGGGCUUCCUACUUAUGGCCUUAAGAUGACCGUCAAAGAAGCCCGAGGCAUACAAAGACAUUACGAUAAUACUUAUUUCACCAUUUGGAAAGACAUGGCUAGAAAGGAUUCGGCCAAAGUGGCACGUUUGGUUCAGCAAGCGCAAUCCAGCAGAAACGUAAACUUCAAGAAAACUUGUUCUUUGGUUUGCAGGGAAGCUAGGAAAUGGCAACUUAGAAAUUUCCGUCAAGCUAAAGAUUUUCAGUCGCGAGCUCGGAGAGGUGUAAGAGAGAUGUCAAGUUUCUGGAAGAAAAACGAACGUGAAGAAAGAGACCUGAAGAAAAAGGCAGAUAAGGAGGCCCUCGAUCAAGUUAAAAAGGAAGAAGAAGAACGUGAGAACAAAAGGCAAGCAAGAAAACUGAACUUCUUGAUCACGCAAACGGAACUUUAUUCUCAUUUUAUCGGUCGCAAAAUUAAAACUGAUGAGUUCGAAGGAACCAUGGCUGACGCGGCUUUUACAUCGGAGGAAGACAUCAACAAACAAAUAGACCUAUCCAAGACGCAAGCUUCGAAGACUGAUUUCCAUUCUAUCGAUUUCGACAAUGAGGACGAUGAAGCUCUAAGAAUGAAAGCCGCUCAAAAUGCUUCUAGCGCUCUUUUGGCUAGCAAAACGAAAGCUAAAGAAUUUGAUGCUAACCCUGAUGAAGACGAUGAGUUAAAUUUCCAAAAUCCAACGUCUUUGGGUGAUAUCACAAUCGACCAACCCAAGCUGCUGACUUGCACGUUGAAGGAGUAUCAGCUGAAAGGAUUGAACUGGCUAGCCAAUUUAUAUGACCAAGGUAUCAACGGUAUCUUAGCCGAUGAGAUGGGGCUCGGUAAAACCGUUCAAUCUAUUUCUGUCUUGGCUCACCUAGCAGAGAACCAUAACAUAUGGGGUCCAUUCAUAGUGGUAACUCCCGCUUCCACUUUACACAAUUGGGUUAAUGAAAUUCAAAAAUUUGUACCCGGCUUCAAAAUUUUGCCCUACUGGGGUAACGGUAAUGAUCGUAAAAUCCUGAGAAGAUUUUGGGACAGAAAACAAUUUCGCUACGGCAAAGACGCCCCUUUUCAUGUUUUGAUUACCUCAUACCAAAUGGUUGUAUCAGAUGCAGCUUACAUUCAAAAGAUGAAAUGGCAAUAUAUGAUUCUAGAUGAAGCACAAGCCAUCAAAUCCUCCCAGUCUUCCCGUUGGAAAAAUUUAUUGAGCUUCCAUUGUCGUAACAGACUUCUUUUGACGGGUACUCCCAUUCAGAACAAUAUGCAAGAGUUAUGGGCUUUGCUGCAUUUCAUCAUGCCUUCAUUGUUUGAUUCACACGAUGAAUUUAGUGACUGGUUUUCGAAGGAUAUUGAAUCUCAUGCACAAUCCAACACAAAACUCAACCAGCAACAACUACGGCGACUCCACAUGAUUUUGAAGCCAUUUAUGUUGAGGCGUAUCAAGAAGAAUGUUCAAUCAGAAUUGGGGGAGAAGAUCGAGAUAGACGUUAUGUGCGACUUAACAAGACGGCAGCAUAAGCUGUACCAAGUUUUAAAGACUCAAAUGUCAGCAGCCUACGACGCCAUAGAAAAUGCAGCUGGUAAUGACGAUGCCUCUUCGGAUCAGAACAUUGUCAACACCGUCAUGCAAUUUAGAAAGGUAUGCAAUCACCCCGAUUUGUUCGAGAGAGAGGACGUUAGCUCUCCAUUUGCAUUUACAAAUUUCGGCAGAAGUGGAUCUCUUCUGAGAGAAAAUGGGGUACUUAACGUCAACUAUUCUACAAAAAAUUGCAUCGAUUACAAUAUACCUCGCUUGAUCUUCGACGAAAUGCUUGUUCCUAAUUAUGAAAAUGCCAUCAAAACUACUAAUAAACUACUCAACCACACUUUCAACGUUUUACACCCAGAAAACUCUAAAGAAUUAUGUGCCGCUCUGUCUUGCCUGACUGGCCUAGCGCCGGGCAAAUUUUACGAGCUAUCUAAUGAAAACAUGAUUUACAAAGCUUUAGGUUUAAAGGGCAAGCAAGCUUCACAACUCACAGCAAUUUACGAUGACGAAGACUUGAAGAAUAAAAGCCAACAUAAAUAUACCCUGGAAAACUCUUCAGACACCCUUACAAACCUAAGCAAGAACACUACCGAUGGGGUGUUAGCCUCGCUUCUCAACAUCAAACAAGAUGUAUAUGAAAAUGAGUACAUGAACAACUGGCACCCUGCAUACUAUCCCGCUGCAAACGCUCCUCCUAUCAACCUGGAAAUAUCUAGUUCGAGCCAAUUUUCUCAGGAAAAACGUCUUGAGCUCUUUGAUCCAUUUUUGUGCCAAGCGCUGAGUGCCAUACCAGCAGAGGUUCAACGCGACUUACGCACAAAGCAUAAGUUGCCAAUAUACGAAUUUCCCAAGUCAGAAUGCUACCCUGAGGCACUCAAUAAAAAUUUCACUUCCGCCAUAUCGAUGCCAUCAAUGGAUAAGUUUAUCAUGGAAUCCACGAAGCUAAAGAAGCUGGAUAAUUUGCUUGUCGGCUUGAAGAAGGGAGACCACCGUGUCUUGAUUUACUUCCAAAUGACAAAGAUGAUGGAUCUAAUGGAAGAAUACCUCACCUACAGGCAAUACAAGCACAUAAGACUGGACGGCUCAUCUAAACUGGAGGACCGCAGGGAUCUCGUUCACGACUGGCAGACCAAACCAGAGAUCUUUAUAUUCUUACUCAGCACGAGAGCUGGUGGCCUUGGUAUUAAUUUAACAGCCGCCGACACUGUCAUAUUUUAUGAUUCAGAUUGGAACCCGACCAUUGAUUCUCAAGCAAUGGACAGGGCACACAGACUUGGCCAAACCAGGCAGGUGACAGUUUACAGAUUGCUAAUUCGUGGAACUAUUGAAGAAAGAAUGCGUGAUAGAGCCAAGCAAAAGGAGCACGUUCAGCAGGUAGUGAUGGAAGGAAAGACCCAAGAAAAGACUAUUCAACAGGUCGGUGCCAACGAUUAA